UGCAAAAAAUAUAUAAAUUCGGCAUGGUUUUCGUUGCUUUGCAAGUAUAUUUAAAUUGUGUACAGAAUAAAUGUAGCUACUUACACGGAAUACGUAGUAUUUUGCGUAAUUACAUCCACAUUACGAGUCAAAUGAAGUGCGCCCGGCGAUUCAAGGGACUGUAGACUUGCCUUCAGAGAUAAAAAACAUGGUGCUUGAAGAAUUACGUCUUCAAGACGAAAAGAAGUACAUAAAAGAGGAACUAAAGUGCGAUAUUGACCAUGACCUAGCUACAAAUGGGCAGGCUGAGCUUGAAUUCCGUAUAAAAUCGGAGUUGGACCUAGAUGAAUCAGAGAGUAAGGAGGAUUUAGAUGCGAUUCUUGGAUACCGUGAGGUGAAGAAUGAGCUGGACCAAUUUCUACGGCCUGAAAAUGCUCUCAUACUGGAUUCGCUGUCUGACAUUCAGAUUAAAGAAGAGACAAACCCGGAGUUUUCACGUUGUAUGCAGCAAAUAGUACAGCAGGACUGUAUUGUCAAACUCCAAAGAAUUUCAAUUGAUAAUCUUAAAAAAAUACAUUCUUCACACAAAGAAAAGAGGCAAAGAAAAACCUGCAUACGUAAAAUUCAUAACCAAGUAUAUAUUUGUAACAAUUGUAACAAACACUACGCUAAGAAAGAAACAAUAAUUAAACACUUAAAAAAUAAAGCGUGUGAACGCAAAAGAGACAAAUCUUACUGCUGUGAUAUAUGUCAAAAGAAAUUCUUAUACCCUUCGUCUUUACGUAAUCAUAAGGAAUGCCAUUCAGUGGAGAAAUUGUUCAAAUGCGAACUGUGCGAUAAAGAAUGCUCGACAGAGAAAAACUUGAAAGCCCAUGUGUUUAAUCACAUGGUCGAUCGUCCGUUUUCAUGUGACGUGUGUAAUAAGAAAUUUGUGCGAGAAAGAUAUUUGAUCAGUCAUAAACAGUCUCACGCGGGAGAGAAACCUUUUGAGUGCGAAGUUUGUGGAAAGCGAUUGAAAUACAAGAACACUUUGGGUGACCAUUUACAAACGCACGGUAUUUACAAUAAUAUCAGAAAAACGUUUUAUUCCUGUGUGUUUUGCGAGACUAAGUUUACACGCAAAUCGCAUUUAGCUAUUCAUGAGAGAUCACACACUGGUGAAAAGCCCUUUGUAUGCGAAUUUUGCAGCAAGGGUUUUAUUUCAAACUCAGUAUUAACAAGCCAUAAGAGGAUACACACGGGUGACAAACCUUAUAGCUGUGAAAUGUGCCCGAUGCGGUUCACGACAAGCGGAAGGCUAAGUUACCAUAGGCGUAAGCAUUCAGAAACAUAGUACAUAAACAUAGUUUAGUAAGGUUAUGUGAAGUUUCAAAGAUAAUUUCUUGUACUCAAAUGAAAAUGAUUAUUUCCUCCCCAAUGUUUACUUUUACUUCUCCAUUUUGUAUUAAAUUACAGGUUAUAACCUAUAAGGCACUGGUCCCACCGCGAGCUAGUAAGCUAUGAGCUACCGGCUAUAAAAACGAACAA